AUGAAAGAUUUCCUCCUCGCGCGCUCGAGCAAGCAUCGAAGCAUCGUCGAUGAAGAUUCGGUUGCAACCCAGCCGAGCGUGUUCGACGAAAAGAAGCUUAGAAGCCAUUACUGGCCUAGCCAGCAGUGGGAAAAUUACAAGAAAUUUGACGUCAGCCUCCGUUGGACUUGGCGUGAGGAGAAGCAAAUUGUCCAUAUAAUCGACCGCAAAGUCAUGAUCUGGGUCUGCGUCUUCUUUGCCAUCCUGAAUCUUGACCGCAACAACCUGAACGCAGCAAAUGCGGAUGGGAUCCUCAAGGAUCUCCAGCUCACCAGCAAUGAUUACAACAAUGCGAACACAAUCUUCAGACUUACUUUUCUGUUUGCUGAGCUUCCUGGUCAGAUUAUCUCCAAACGAGUUGGACCAGAUGUGUUCGUUCCUUGCCAGAUGCUAGCCUGGGGUGUUGUGACGCUCGCGCAGUUCUGGCUGAACGGACGCACUUCCUUGUUUAUAUUGCGCGCUUUGCUGGGCUUGUCCAUGAUUCCUGAUUUACUUCUCCUCUUGUCCUACUUUUACCGCACGUCGGAGCUACCAAUCCGGCUGUGCUUCUUCUGGGCGACCAUGAAUUUGACUUCGUUUGUCAGCUCUUUCUUCAGCUAUGGUGUCCUGCAAAUGCGCGGUGUCCUUAGCAAGCUAGGCUGGCGCUGGCUCUUCCUCAUCGAAGGAUUGAUCACCAUCGUGCUGGCCAUCCAAGCUUUCCUUGUCAUGCCCGCAUCGCCAUCGCAGACUAAGCGAAUCUGGAGGAAAAAGCCUUUCCUCAACGAACGACAGGCUACGAUUGCAGUCACAAGGAUCUUACGAGAUGAACCGCAAAAAUCGACCAUGCACAACCGCGAAGGCCUGCAGCCACGGAUGCUUUGGCGGACCCUGAAGAAUUGGCGUCUUUAUCCGCUGUACAUCCACGGGCUCAUCUUCGGCAUCCCACUUGCACCCGUACAGGCAUACCUGACGCUAUCCCUUAGGAAUCUCGGUUUCUCGACCCUCUUGACGCAGAUCCUGUCAAGCGUGCAGUACGCUGUAUCGGUCUUCACCGGCAUCGCCGUUGUCGUCCUCUCCGAGCUCGUCAACGACCGCGCUUUUGUCUGUUCAUUGGAAGACUUGUGGGCCCUACCGUGUCUGAUUGGCAUCGUCUCGCUAGGCAAUAAAGUCAAUCCAUGGACGUACUACACCUUGGCGACAGUCCUUCUUUCGGCCCCUUACGUUCAUCCUAUCCAAGCGAGCUGGGUCUCUGCCAUUGCGGGCGACGUACAGACUCGGACCGUAGCUGCUUCGCUUUACAACAUCGCCGUGCAACUCGGGUCAGUGGUUUCUUCUCAAGUGUACCAAGCGCGAGACGCACCUCAAUAUCUGGCAGGGAACAUUGCGCGCAUUACCAUCGCUGCGAUACAUAUCUGCAUGUACGCCGGCACCAAGCUCUUCUACCGAAGGUUAAAUACCUCGCGUGAGAAGGUUUGGAAUGCAAUGACAACAGAGGAAAAAGACAAAUACCUCGCCACGACCAAGCACGAAGGCAAUGAGCGACUCGAAUUUCGAUUCAUCCACUAG